CUGUGUUCACAGUUUGUUGUAAGCAAUUCAAGAUGAAGGCAGCUAUAGUUUUGGCACUGAUCGGCACGGUUUUGGCUGCUCCGCCACUAAGGUUGAUGGCGAAGCCAGUUCAGGAUCAUGAUCAAUACGCCCAUAUAUUUGCGGAGGUGCGACCAGCUGGCCAAAGGCCCCAGCAAACGGAGUUCCAGCCACAACACCACAAUUAUGUGUCGAACAACCAGGUUGAAGUGGAUCAGCAAUCCGUGGAGCAGAAGGAGCAGCACCCAAAUUUCUAUCCAAAUCAUCAGGUCGAGCUGGAAGUUAAGCCCGUGGAUCAGAAGCCACCUCAGCGUUUGGAGGUUGAGAUCAAACAGCAGCACCCGCAAAACUCUGCCCAGGGACACUUGGUUAAUCUGCAAAUGAACCGUCCUCAGCACUUGGAGGUUGAAAUCAAGGAUCACCAUUCUUCUCCCAAUCAUCAGGUUGAGCUGGAAAUCAAACCGGUGCAGCAGAGGCCACCUUUCCAGCACCAGCAAAACUCUGCCCAGGGACAUUUGGUGGCUCUCGGACCAAAGCCAGUGGAACAGAAGCCCCAACACAGCGAGUCUGAGGUUCCUGCCGAUCAUCAGCCGAAGCAUCCCCAGCAAAUCGAGCUGGAAAUUGCUGAAGAGGACAAGCCCAUUUCCUCCUAUCUCCAGAGCCUUCCCCACUUCAACCUCAAUCUGCGCCAAUAGAGCCCCAGACCGAAAAAUGUAUCCGUAUUACAAAGUGCAUUAAAUAUGUAUAAUUACAAAGACGGCGCUUUCACUGGCCAGUCUUCCCAAGGUGCUUGUAAAUGCGAAAUAAAUAAAAAUGGUCGAGAAUGGUGAGCACAAGGA